AUGGCAGUUUCAGAAGUUAAAACAAAACUUAAGCUGAAUCCCUUAAAAGUACCUGUGUUCCACAGCAAGAGGGAUAAACAUUUACCAGAAUACCUUCAAUGCCAAAUAAAACACAAAGAAAAGAAGUUGAGCCCUUCACAAACAGAAGCCUUCCAUCAUGCCUAUGACUUCUUCAGCAAGGAUAAAACUGGCUGUAUCGAUUUACAUGGACUGAUGUGCACUUUAGCUAAAUUGGGAAUGAAUGUAACCAAACAUGAUGUCUAUAAUGAAUUAAAAUGUGCAGAUAUUGAUCGAGAUGGGAAGGUGAACUUCUCAGACUUCAUAAAGGUGCUAACAGAUAAGAACCGCUUCCUCAAGGCUGUGGUUCCAGAGAAGGAAUACCAUUUAGAUUUAACUGGCAACCCAGGGGUCCUAUUAUUUGAAAUCCUAUCGAAGCUUGUAGAGACUUCAGCCCUGCCAAGAAAGGCUAUAUUGGAAAUAGUAAGCUAUUUCCGAAGAAAAUUCCAGGAUGCCCGUGGAGAAAUAUUGUGGAGUCCCCAUCCUAGUGAACAUGGAAAAAGGAGAUUUAAGCCAGAUAUAUGCACACCUCCAAGCUCAAGCACCGCUGCCUUUGCUAAUGCUGCCCGGGUUGCAAUAAUGAAAGAAAAGGAUUUAUUUAAAUUUCUUGAAGAGCUCAAGAGAUGCAAUUUCCCUUCAGAUAGCCCAUAUUCAAAAAUACCCAUCUUUCCAUUGUUUCCUAAUGUGGAUGGGGUGGUGAUGGGAAAGCCAUUCAGAGACAUACAAAAAUUAGAAAUGCUAAGGAAAAAGGAGCCUCUGAAUUUCUUUGAGGACUAUUUUUUCCAUAAAAGAGACUGGAAAACACAGGCAGCAAAUAUAAAGCCUGUCAACGUAUCUUCAAACUAUUCAGAUGACAUCCUCGCCAUCAACCAAAUACUCAAGAAAAAGCAGACUUGGACAGUGGCUGAUGCAGCUGCUAUUAAACAGCAUGUAAAGAGAGCUACAGAUAACUAUAAUUUAGGAGUUGCCCUUGCACAUCGGAAAGAAAUGCUAAAUCUCUGGCAGAAGAUUCGAGGGGAUUUGAUUGGAAUAGACACUAAAAAUGAGUCCUUUUACGACACCUUUUCUACUUACACAUGGUCCUGGAAUGUUUGCCAAGAAUUACUUUCUCCUAAGGACUUACGGUUAUAUGAUGCCUACACCAAUAAAAGUUCCUCACAUAACUCUGGAUUCUCUUCCCCAUCGAAUGCCAAUGAAGGUGACACGGAGACAGGAAGAAAAAGAAAACGGAAAGGUUUCAAAGGGUUUCAACAAUGA